GUAAUCGCCAUUUUGUUUUAUUGCAUGUGAAAUUGUACUCGUGAUCGAAAGCGGUUUCGAUACCAUCGAGAUUUUAGUAAUCGUUUGUAAUAUUUGUUUUGAUUUACGCGGUAAAUUUUUAAGCUCUGUCGGUGAUUCAAUUAAUUAAUAUGAAGAAACGUUCCUCAGUCGCCUGGCGAUUCUUUGAUCGCCUAGAAGAGAAUAAAAGAGUUGUUGGAGUGCUGUGUAAAUUAUGUGAUCAACAAUACAAGUAUUUCGGAAACACUACCAAUAUGAGAACCCAUUUGACUUGUAAACAUCCUUUGCAAUGGGAGCUCGUACAUAAUGGGACGCUGGAUGAAUCUACACUACGUUUUGCAGAGGAUACAGAAGACUCGACUAUUUCCGUCCAACCUAGACGAAAGUACAAGGAUAAAAAUGUACGUUAUUCUGUGUCAGUUGACGUUAAAAACGAUUCUAACAUCACUGGAGAAGAUUCAAUGCCCCAUAUCGAAAUACAAACGGUAGAUGCAUUAGAUAAUGAAUCGGAUAUAGAGCAUCAAGAAGUCAACGAAGCGGGCAUACACUUAGUGAGGCAAAUGCGAGACAGCAGGGCUACAGACGAGGAGUGGCUCGAAGAGGAAACAUACCAAACCGUUGAACCCACCAAAAAACGCAGAAAGAUGCCUUUUAAACAGAUCAAAAGAGAAUUAGAGUCUCCACCUCGACGCUUGUCAUAUAAACCCAAACCGCAAUUACAAUAUGAACCGGAGCAAAUAGUUUAUCAAGUACCUAGCAAGGAUGAAUAUACUGUGUUCGGUGAAUAUGUUGCAAAUAAAUUAAGAAAGGUUAAAUUACCAAAGACUAGAGGGAAUUUACAGCAGCUUAUAACAACAAUACUCUGGCAGGCGGAGUACGGGAUGUAUGACAGUGCGGAAGCUGUAAAACGGGUAUUGAAUUACAGCAUUGAGGAUAAGAAUGAGGAAACCAUGGUUGUUGUUGAACAAGCACCUAACCAAAGUACAGAUAUUGAAGAAGAAUAUACAGUGACAGACACCAAUUGAAUAUAAUUAAGUUAAUGAAUAAUGAUAUUAGUGGAUGGUGCUGGAGCUAACAUACGGCGUUGCAUGAACAACAGAUUUCCUUUGGCAGGAUUGGUCCUUAGGACCCAAGGAUGGAUUCAAGAAGUGGAACCACCGAGAUUUUUGAUGUAAAUUUUUAGGGGGGGGGGCUCUCAACUUGAUCUUGAUAUCUGUAUCAUUUAAGGUACUAGGCCAAGUUUGGUAUCGUUUUCGUAUAAAUCGGGGGUGCCGAAUUCAUUUCUGAUAUCAUAAUGACACCAUUCCGAAGUAAAAAUACAUAAAAUUUGAAAAAAAUACUUUUUUUUAAAUUCCUCUUCACGCUUAAACUGCUGAACCAAUUUAGUUAAAAUUUGGUACAGAGAUAGUUUGAGUCCCGGGGAAUAACAUAGCAAACUUUUAAUCUCAAAAAUCAUCCCUUAUGGCUGUGAAAAGGGAGGAGGAAAUUUGUAUGGGGAUUCAAUAACCGCUGAACCGAUUUAGAUAAAAUUUGGUAUAGAGAUAGUUUGAGUCCCGGGGAAGAACAUAGGAUAGUUUUUAUGCCAAAAAAAAAUCUUAAAAAUGAAAGGUAAGGUGUAGGAUUGUAUGGGAAAUCAAUAAACGCUGAACCGAUUUCGAUGAAAUCUAUGUCUACAUCUUUGAUUUAGUUGAAAAUGACACUAAACUUGACUUAGAACCUAAACUUAAAGAAUUAUUAACCUCAGACGUCGCAGACGCUUAAAAACCCCCCCACCCCCCACCUGCAGCAAAAAUCUGGCUGGCUCCACUUCUUAAAUCCAUCCUUGGGUCCUAAGGACCAAUCCUGCCAAAGGAAAUCUCUUGUUCAUGCAACGCCGUGGUAGACCUUUUUAUGCUCUGAGCACACUCAACUAUAUGGACGUGUU